AUGGCUUCCCUGAAGGCCUCGAAGCCCGCUGGAGUUGCGGCACAGGGCAAGGAGCCGGCACCCAAGCUCAGCGAGACGGCGACGAAGCCGUCAGCUGCGAAGAGCGGCGGCGUUAAGAAGGCUGAGCAGAAGCCCCGGGAAACCAAAAAGAAGGUGAAGAGCAGCAAACCGGCGGCAGCCAAAAAGUGA